GGUGAUGGUGCCAAGAUGACAUGGCUGUGGUUGUUGGCGGCGGUGGUGGUGAGCGUGUGCGCGGAGCCCUACCAGUCUAGCUCGAGGCCGCCGCGCACCAGGCACUUCAACCGCGGACACCGCAGCCGCGACUACCCGACCCCCUCACAGUUCGUCGGGCCAAACGUUUGUCGAACCCGAAACGGCACGCAUUGCUGUCCUGGGUGGACCUCCAGACCCAACUCGCUACUAUGCGUAGUUCCAUUAUGUCGUCCCGACUGCGGCUCGCCUGGUGGCUCGCCCGGCGCCUGUAUAGGACCGAACAUGUGCAGGUGUCCUGGUGGAGUGGAAGCCCCCAGCUGUAACCCCAAUGGCUUAUAUUCGUACACGUCCCGGACGCGUGGAGGCUGUCGCCGUAUCUGCAUGAACGGUGGAACUUGCACCAACUCGACAUGCGCAUGCGCACCGGGGUGGAGUGGAGAGUUUUGUACUGAACCGAUAUGUCGUGAGCCAUGCCUGCACGGCGGCAGGUGUAUAGCUCCUGACCGCUGCGUUUGCUUCCAUGGUCUCUCAGGGACCAGGUGCGAGAUUGACAGGAGAACGGGGCCGUGCUACACGGAGACGCGCGGGCCGGUAUGUACGGGAGCGCUGGAAGGCGUGGUAUGCACCAAGCAGCUGUGCUGCGCCACCGUCGGCGUCGGCUGGGGACACCCCUGCGAACGCUGCGGAGACCUCGACUGCCCCCACGGACAUCUGCGGAACCUCGCCACCAAGGAAUGCCAGGACAUAGACGAGUGCGCGGCGGUGCCUGGCCUGUGUGCGGGCGGCCGCUGCGUCAACUCAGUGGGUUCGUUCUCGUGCGAGUGCCCGCCCGGACAGCGCCGCCACCACGCCACCAACAACUGCGAGGACGUCGACGAGUGCGAGGACCCUGAUAUUUGUCCCAACGGAAAAUGUGUGAAUACAGAAGGCGACUACUAUUGCCUCUGUAACCCGCACUUCAUUCCGAGUCCAGAUAAGAAAUUUUGUAUUGAUGGGCGCGUGCGCAUGUGCUUCUCGUACCUGAGUGAGACGGGCGAGUGUGCGGACCCGUUGGCGAUGCCGCUGUCGAACCGUGACUGUUGCUGCGGGUACAACAUGGGUCGUGCUUGGGGCGACGUCUGCACGCCCUGCCCGCCCAGGGGCUCCGACGAAUGGACGCAUCUGUGCGGCGGUGGUAUCAUCCCGCCUAUCUGGCGACGCAACCAGACCGUCAACGGCGAUGGCGACGAGGAUGAUGGUGACAUCAACGGCAGCGGCGGUGAGGGUGGUAGCGAGGGAGGGGGAGGGAGAGGGUCGGGGGGUGGGGGAGGUAACGGCGGCGGCGGCUCCAAGCCGCCACCCCCGCUCGCCAAGAUCAAUGAGUGCAUGCUGCGGGCCGGCAUCUGUGAACUUGGAGAUUGCAUUGACAAGGAUGUGGGUUACCGUUGCGACUGCUGGAACGGCACGCAGGAGAUCAAGAACGAGAUGGGGAUUCCGAGCUGCAUAGAUAUCGACGAGUGCGCGCUCGGCUUUUGCCGCGGCGGGACUUGCAUCAACAAGCCCAGUUCAUUUGAGUGCAGAUGCCCGCCUGGUUUUGAUCCGGUGGACAACGGCAAACGGUGUAGCGACCAGAACGAAUGCGAAAUGACCAAUGGAGGCAUGUGCACCAACGGUGUUUGCAAUAAAGGAGAAGACGGGUACGAGUGCGAAUGCGACCCCGGGUUCGAGCCGACGGAGACGCGGCACGCGUGCCGCGACGUGGACGAGUGCGCCGAGCGUGCGGGCGUGUGCGGGCGCGGGCGGUGCCGCAACACGCCCGGCGGGUACGAGUGCCAGUGCGAGCGCGGCUUCCAGCCCAGCGCCGGCGGGUACUGCGCCGACUACGACGAGUGCGAGGACAAGUCGCUCUGUCAGGGCGGACGGUGUGUGAACGGCGAAGGCUCGUUCCAGUGCGUGUGCGAGGCGGGCUACCGGCCGACGGCCGAGCGCGGCGCGUGCGCGGACGUGGACGAGUGCGCCGAGCAGAACGUGUGCCGCAACGGACGCUGCCACAACUCGGCCGGCUCGUUCCGCUGCCGCUGCCUGCCCGGCUUCACGCUCUCCUCCGACGGCCGUACCUGCCUCGAUGAAGUUCAAGACCUGUGCUACGAGAAAUACGAAGAAGACCAUUGUACUGGGCCUGGCAAGACUCCGGUCACACGCUCUCAGUGCUGCUGCAGUUCUAGUAAAGGUCUACAACUUGGAUGGGGUGUAUCCUGCAAACCUUGCCCGGAGCAAGGUAGCGAGGAGUACGACGUGCUGUGCCCAUCCGGGUCUAGCAAGGACAACAGCGGGUCGGAUAUCAACGAGUGCACCAUGAUCCCUGGCAUCUGUCCCCACGGCACCUGUGAGAACUUGGAGCCAGGGUACAAGUGCAUCUGCGACACUGGCUACCACCCCGACGAGAACGGCAUCUGCAGGGAUAUUGAUGAGUGUGACAUGCAUCAGUCAUAUUGUACUGGAGGCCAGUGCCGUAACACACUGGGCAGCUUCACUUGCGUGUGCCCGACGGGUACUAGGUUCGAGCCCGACGAACAGAUCUGCCGUGACAUUGACGAAUGCGAGGAGCAAACGAAUCCGUGUGACAACGGUCGCUGUAUCAACACGCACGGCAGUUACGAGUGCGAGUGCGAACAUGGGUUCGUACUCGAUUCUUCUGGACAACACUGUCUCGAUAACCGGCGGGGCUCGUGCUGGCGGCGCGUGGUGGAUGGGCGGUGCGAGGCGGGCAGCACGCAGCCCCUGCUGCGGCAGGAGUGCUGCUGCAGCGUGGGACUCGCCUGGGGCUCCCCGUGCGACGCCUGCGAGCCCGACCACUGCCCCUGCCGCAAGGGGUUCGCUAAGUUCGACGGCACGUCAUGCCGCGACGUGGACGAGUGCAAGCUGGUGCCUGACCUUUGCGUGGGCGGCAAGUGCGUCAACACCGAUGGCUCCUACCACUGCGAGUGCCCCCACGGUCUCACACUUGACUCCACCGGAAACAAGUGCUUGGACACACGACGCGAGGCCUGCUACUCGGAGUACGUCGGCGGGCGCUGCUCGGGCGAGCUGCCGGAGGUGGUGCACCGCGCCGUCUGCUGCUGCUCCGCCGUCGGCCGCGCCUGGGGCGACGCGCGCUGCGAGCCCUGCCCCAAGCGAGGUACGGAUGCGUUCCGCAAUUUGUGUUCAACGAAUGUCGGGACCGAUAUUCCUGGCUUAAGGCCCCCACACGGAGGCAACGGGUCGUACACACCUGAACACGGAGGUCACGACCACAAUGGGGACAUGGGGACCGAUUUCAACCCUGGACACAUGGAGGUCAACGAGUGUUCAGCUUUUCCUGGACUAUGUGGUCACGGACGGUGCAGGAAUUUGAUGGGAUCGUUUACUUGCGACUGUUACCGGGGAUACGAAAAGGGUCCGAAGAACCAAAGUUGUGUGGAUGUGAAUGAGUGCGAGAUUGUGAACGACAUUUGUGGAGCGGGCGAUUGUACGAAUACAGAGGGCAGCUUCACGUGCCGCUGUCACCCGGGUCACAAGUCCGGCGAGGUCUCCAAGGUCUGCGUUGAUAUCGACGAAUGCGAGGAAACACCAAGCCUAUGCCGUGGCGGACGUUGUAUCAAUACUCCUGGCUCGUUCCGAUGCGAGUGUGGCGACGGUAUGGAACUUUCAGCUGACCGGCUCUCCUGCAAGGACGUUGAUGAAUGCUCCAUCACUUCCGGUAUCUGCAGUAACGGUGCGUGCGAGAACCAGAUGGGCACGUACCAGUGCGUGUGCGACGAGGGCUACGCGCAGUCCACCGUCAAAUCGCACUGCGAAGACAUUGACGAGUGCACUGAGGACCCCACGCGCUGUCAGCACGAGUGCAUCAACACGCCCGGCUCCUACCACUGCAAGUGCAGAGAGGGGUGGCACCUGCGCGCGGACGGGCGCACGUGUCGCGACGUGGACGAGUGCGGCCGCGGGGCGAGACCCUGCGGCGGCGGCACCUGUCGCAACACGCCCGGCGGGUACCGCUGCACCUGCGGCCCGGGGCUGCUGCCCGCGCCCGACGCGCCCGCCUCGCGCCCCACCUGCCGCGACGUGGACGAGUGCGCCGACAUUCCAGACCUGUGUGGAGCUGGCGAGUGCCACAACACUAUCGGCAGCUUCGUGUGCAUGUGCCCCGAUGGCUACAGCGUGAAACCUGAGGCGGGCCCGGCCUGCACUGACGACGACGAAUGCGAACUAGGCACCUGCGACUGUCAUCCGUCUGCUGACUGCAUUAACAUACCGGUUAGAUUUUGCCGCUGCCGGGACGGGUGGCGCGGCGACGGUAGCGAGUGCGAGGACGUGGACGAGUGCGUCACCAACAACGGCGGCUGCCACCCGCGCGCCACCUGCCGCAACACCGACGGCUCCUUCCUCUGCCUCUGCGACACCGGCUACAAGGGUGACGGAUAUUCGUGUGUGGACAUCGACGAGUGCGCCAACGACCCCACGUUGUGUGAGAACGGACACUGCACCAACACACCCGGUGGCUAUGAGUGCGACUGUGAUGUGGGCUUCACGAAGUCCGAGGACGGUCGCUCCUGUCUUGAUAUGGACGAGUGUGCUACCUUCGACAAUGUGUGCGUGUUUGGCAAAUGUGUGAACACGUAUGGCAUGUUCAAGUGCCUCUGUGACAAGGGAUACCAGUCUGACAGCAUCGAUGACUUGAUGCCCGGAUUUAACUGCACGGACGUGGACGAGUGCAAGUCGCCGCAGUCGUGCCAGUACGGGGACUGCCUCAACACGCAGGGCUCCUACGUGUGCCGCUGCCCGCCCAACCACGACCUCGUCUCCGGGGGAACAGCCUGCUACGAUUCAAGGAAAGCCCGUUGUUAUGCUAAAGUGGAGUUGAGAUCAGGGACAGAACAUUGUGAAGAAGAGGACGAAAUAUCUGAAGAUGGCACGAUGGCGGCUUGCUGCUGUUCUGUCGGUGCCGCGUGGGGUAACUACUGCGAUCUUUGCCCGGAACCAGACUCAGAAGCGUACACACAACUGUGCCCGGGUGGUCGUGGAUACCAGCCCAUUCUUGAACCGCCGUCGUACGUGGUGACGCUGGCGGACAUCGACGAGUGCGCGACGCACCCGUCGCUGUGCUCGCACGGCACGUGCACGAACACGUUCGGGUCGUUCGUGUGCACGUGCGCGGACGGGUGGCGGCUCGCCGACGACGACCACCGCUGCGAGGACGUGGACGAGUGCGAGCAGCCCGACGUGUGCGGGCCCGGCCUCUGCCGCAACAUGCAAGGCUCUUACGUCUGCCUGUGCCCGGAGGGAUACGUCGCCAUGCCUAGCGGAAAGGAGUGCGUGGACGUACGACUGCGGCAAUGCUACUUGAACUGGGAUCCGGAUAACGAGCGGUGCUCAAGCGCUGAGGGCAAGCCGCAGAUAAAGCGCACGUGCUGCUGCUCGGUGGGGAAGGCGUGGGGCGCGCCCUGCGAGGCCUGCCCCGAGCCCGGCACGCCCGAGCGCUCCGCCCUCUGCGGGGAUUUCCCCGGCCUCUACAUCCACCCCAUCACCAACCACUCCCAGGAGAUCGACGAGUGCAGCGUGAUGCCGCAACUCUGCAAGCCCGGCGUAUGCCACAACACGCCCACUGCUUUCCGGUGCGACUGUGACCAUGGAUACGUGCACGACAACUCGUCGCACAAGUGCCGCGACGUGGACGAGUGCGCGACGGGCCUGGCGCGGUGCCGCGGGCAGGCGCAGUGCGCCAACGUGCCCGGCUCGUACGAGUGCCGCUGCCCGGCCGGCUACCGGCUCACGCCCGCGCGCGACGCCUGCGAGGACCGCGACGAGUGCGCCGACCGCCUCUGCGACCACGGCGACUGCCGCAACACCGUCGGCUCCUACAGAUGUGAAUGUAAGCCGGGGUACACGCUGCGGGACAACGAGUGCCGCGACGUUGACGAGUGCGCGCGGCCGCGGCCCAUGUGCCGCAACGGGACCUGCGAGAACCUGCCCGGCUCCUACACCUGCCACUGCGACGAAGGGUUCAAGCCCGGCGCCAAUAAUGACUGCGUUGACGUGAACGAGUGCCGCGAGGGCGGCAUGGUGUGCCGCAACGGGCGCUGCCGCAACACCGCGGGCUCGUUCCGGUGCGAGUGCGCGGCCGGGUACGUGCUGACGCCCGACCGGCGCCACUGCCGCGACGUCGACGAGUGCACCGAGCACGCGCACAGCUGCGGCCGCGACGGGGACCCCGCCUGCACCAACACCAACGGCGGAUAUGAAUGUUCGUGUGGUACCGGAUAUCGACUGGUAGGCAGACGGUGCGUCGACCGAGACGAGUGCAAAGAACUGCCGUACGCAUGCGCCGGUGGUGAAUGCCGAAACUUUAAUGGAGGGUACGUGUGCGACUGCCCAGACGGGUGGCGGUUCGACCGCACGCUGGCGGUGUGCGUGGACGAGCGCAAGGAGCUCUGCUACGACCGCUGGGAGGCCGGCCGCUGCCACCACGCGCGGCCCCUCGAGCUCGCGCGCCCAGAGUGCUGCUGCUCUGAAGGCGCCGCGUGGGGCAGACACUGCGAGCGUUGUCCGCCUCCAGAUUCCACGGAGUUCUUGCAAAUUUGCCCGGGAGGAAUGGGUCGACCGAAUAAAACACAGGACCUGGACGAGUGCACGGUGCGGCCGGAGGUGUGCUCGCAGGGGCGGUGUGUGAACACGGACGGGUCGUUCCGGUGCGAGUGCGCGGACGGGUACACGCUCGACGACACCGGGCUCGCCUGCGUCGACGCGGACGAGUGUGCCGCCGACCCACGCGUCUGCGGCAACGGGACCUGCACCAACACCGACGGCGGCUACGACUGCACCUGCAGCCCUGGGUUCACCGAGGGGCCCGACCAUACGUGCGUGGACGUGGACGAGUGCGCGGGCGGGCCGGGCGACGCGUGCUCGUCGCGGUGCCACAACACGGCGGGGUCGUACCGCUGCACGUGCCCGUUCGGGUUCGCGCUCGCCGACGACGGCCACUACUGCCGCGACCUCGACGAGUGCGCCGGCGAAAACUCGCCGUGUCCGCACGACUGCCAGAACAUCGUCGGCUCCUACAUCUGCAAGUGUCCGGAAGGGUACAAGCGCACUUCUGCGCCGCACGACGCGGCAGACGCGUGCGAGGACGUGGACGAGUGCGCCACCGACGCGCACGCGUGCUCGCCCGGCGUCUGCAUCAACACCGACGGCGGCUUCGAGUGCGACUGCGACGACGGCUACCAGACCAGCGACGACGGCAUGGCCUGCAUCGAUCGUCGGACGGCUACGUGCCACCGUUCGCUUGUGGGCGGCCGCUGUAUGCCGGAGCCGUGGCCGAGGCACAUGGCGUCUACUCCAGCACUACCCACGCAUGUCACUAAGGCACAAUGUUGCUGCACAGUUGGCGUAGCGUGGGGUCCAGAAUGCGAAAUAUGUCCUUCCCCCGGCUCCACCAAACGAAAGGAGCUGUGUACUGACGAGAACCUUGGUCAAAACCACGGUGGUGGUGGUAGUUUUGGCGGAGGAGGUUCAGGAGGAGGAGGUUCAGGAGGAGGCGGUUCAGGAGGAGGCAUAUUCGGCGGAGGUGGUGGAAUGGGCCAGGGUGGCGACGGUGAAAUAAGAGGGCCCGGUGGCAUUUUCAAUGAUAUCGACGAAUGUGCUGCCAUGCCAGAUCUAUGUUCUCCUGGUAGAUGCGUGAACACAAUCGGCAGCUUCCGGUGCGCGUGCGGGCCCGGGUACCGCGCGGCGGGCGCGGAGUGCGUGGACGUGGACGAGUGCGCGGCGCGGCCGAGCGUGUGCUCGCACGCGUGCUCCAACACCGACGGCUCCUACCGCUGCGAGUGCCGCGCCGGCUACGAGCUCGACGAGGACGGCGCCGACUGCCGCGACCUGGACGAGUGCGAGCGCGGCGACCACACCUGCCAGCAGCUCUGCACCAACACGCGCGGCUCCUACGAGUGCGAGUGCACCGAAGGAUACGAGAAGCGCGGCGACGCCUGCGUCGACGUGGACGAGUGCCAGGAGGAGGGCAUCUGCCCGGCACCAGGCAAGUGCGUGAACCUGCUGGGCUCGUACCGGUGCGUGUGUCCGCGCGGGUUCCGCCUCGACCUGGCCGGCACGCGCUGCCUCGACCGCGACGAGUGCGAGGAGGGACGCUGCCAGUCGCCCUGCAGGAACUACGCCGGGAAGUACCGCUGCGACUGCCCCGCCGGCACGAGCCGCGGGCCGGGCGGCGCGUGCGUGCCCCGCGACGGGUGCGCGGAGUCCCCGUGCGGCGCGUCCCCGUGCUUCCCGGUGGGCGGCGCCUACCGCUGCGGCUGCCCCGCCGGCUACGGCUGGGACGCCAGCCACGCCGUCUGUCUCCAGAUGGCGGGCGAGUGCGCGGCGGCGGCGUGCGCGUUCGGGUGCAGCGCGGGCGCGGGCGGGUACCGGUGCGGCUGCCCGGCAGGGUUCGCGCUCGUCGGCAGCGGACACUGCCUCAGCGCGCUCGACGCGCCCGCCUCGGGGCUCGGCCCGCUCGGCCCCCUCGGCCCCCUCGGGGACAUCGGCGACGUGCCCGUGUUCCCCGUGCGCGACCAGUACAAGGUCGGCGACUCCGACCUCAUCUCCACCGAGGGCUGCUUCAGCUGCAAGAUGAACGGCCGCCGGCGGCGAGCUCCUGAAGAAGGCAUCGUGUACGCCAACGGAACCACGCUCGUCAGGAAACGUAGGAGGCGCAGCCGUCGUCGUCGUUCACUGCUCGAACCCGAGGCAGAAUUGGUCGUAGUCCACGCCACACCCAAGCAGACAUGGGGCAAAGCGCCACUUCUGCGCCUCAUCCCAGCCGAAGACGGGCCUCGUCCGCACUAUAGGAUUUCAUACGGAGACGACAACAAAGACUUUAUACUGUCAAAACGCGACGGAACAUGGGCCCUCAAGUUGAGGAGACACCUCAAGUCGCACACGGUCAUGAUGAGGCAGCUGGAGUUGGAAGCGAGGUUCGUGCCCGUCCCCAGCUUGGGCAGGAGACGCAGGAGACACGUGGACCUGAAUAUACCUGCACCAUUGAGACUCUACGUCUCGAUACGAAUCGCUCCUAAGAAGCGUUGACCGUAGUUCUUACAGUGAGAUUGGAUUGUGUGAUGUCCUGAUUUUCGAGGUUCAAUCAUAAUUGCAUAUAAAUAGAGUUUAAAUUUGCAUCAUCUGAAUGGUGAUAUUCGAUUAAUAUUAACAAAAUUUUGUACAAAGUGGUCUGCGUACCUCAGGCUUCAUUACUACCGCGAAGGAGCUUACUAUGUGAGAGUGACAUGACACUGUACUAGUUACCAUAUAUCAUUAGGUACAUACGCCAGUUACAUAGUCAUACUAUAUCUUAUAAAAAACCUAAUUUAUUCAAUAAUCUUCCUUCUUUAUUCGUGAUUGAUCUGAAAUUCAAUAAAUUAACGAAUUGGAUGAUUUCUAUUAAAAUUCAAAUCAAAGAAAUUAUUUUAAAUCAUAUUAGAGUUCGAAAGGGUUGAACACACGAACUUCAGGACUAGUGAUGUAUGUACUAUUACCAUUUUUUUAUAUCGAUACUUGACAAUAAAUGCAAUUUUCAAAUACUUCGAUAUGGAGAAAUCGUAAUAAAUAUUUAAGACUCGAAUUAGCGUAAACAACGUGAAAAUAAAUAUUGUGCCUAGUUAUUUUAUUACGACAUUAUAACAUUAAAAUCACUGCCAUAAAAUAUCUGUUGUAAUAGUCAUACUGCCAUUGUUGUGUUGUGAAUAUUACCUUAUCGACGUUGAACCGAGAUGGUAUAUAUUUAUGAGAAAUGGUCACGAAUGUGUGUUGUUUUUUUGAAGAAAUUACAUCGCCACAUAGCGCUAGUCUUCUACGUAUAUAGAAAAAUACGGAAAAAUAAACGUGUCAUUGAAUCUUAGAUUGGUUCUCUUAAUAGCGCCCAAAUAUUUUGUUUCAGCGGCAAACAUUAUCUUCGGUAUUAUUUUCAUUUUUACAUUUCUCUUUCUAAUAAUUUUCUGUUUUCUUUUUAUACAUAUUUUUUAAAUAUCGUUGUUACAAAAUAUUACGGGUUAUCAUCGGAUCGUCACGCGAGUCCGCUAGAGUCUUAGACGAUCUCGUCGGCAGUAUUAACGUGUGAAGUGAUUGAAUGCAUAAUACUAAGUUAGUUUAUUAAUAUAACGAUGUAGCCAUCAUUAGGUCCUAAUAACGGUAUUUUUAAGUAUCGAACCUAUUUUUUUACUCCUACGAAGCUAAACCGAACUUGUCGUGUAAUAAAUAUCGAUAGUUAUAUUUCUGAUUGUCUUUACAACACUAUUUUGCAUUUGAUUAAAAUGUCACGCGCUAGUGUACAAUUAGAUUGAAUUUAAAGUAAGGAGACUAUUUAUUUAAUUUUCUUCGUAAUUUUAUAAUUUAGAAUAUUCUAGUUUUUAUUUACUGUGAAAAUUAAUGUAUUGUUUAGAAUUUAUAAUACAAUAAAUUAUUAUGGCAGUUUUGAAUGGGGAAACUAUGAAAUCUCUGCAAAAAAUCUGUUUAAUAUAAAUAUAAUGAUUAUGAUAUAAUAAUAAGUGUUUGUACAUAUGUGUAUACGAAUAUUGAAAUUAAUAUAAUGGCAUUAGAUUUAGUUAAGUAUAUAUAGGAUCGAUUAACAUGUCAGUAAUCGUGGAUGGAA